CGAUGGGCGGGGGGUCUUGCAAAUACAGCAGGUAUAAAGUAAGAGGACCACGCUAGUUCGGUCAGUAGUCGUGUUACAGUGUUACUAGAAAUGAAGAGCUACGCGUGUUUGUUAGUGCUAAGUGCACUCACCUACUCUGCCCUUGGACAGGAAAACUUCAAAUGUCCAGAUGAUUUUGGAUUCUACCCACAUCACAGUUCAUGCGACAAAUACUGGAAAUGUGAUAACAAUGUAGCUGAAUUGAAAACCUGUGGAAACGGUUUAGCUUUCGAUGCCAGUGAUCCAAAAUUCUUGACUGAAAACUGUGAUUACAUCCACAACGUAGACUGUGGAGACAGAACACAAUUAGAACCCCCAAUCUCUACCUCCCACUGUGAGCGUUUGUACGGUAUCUUCCCCGACGAAACCAAAUGCGACGUCUUCUGGAACUGCUGGAACGGCGAAGCCUCCAGAUACCAAUGUUCCCCCGGUCUUGCCUACGACAGAGAAGCCCGCGUUUGCAUGUGGGCCGACCAAGUGCCAGAAUGCAAGAACGAAGAAGUUGCAGGAGGAUUCUCAUGCCCCGCUCCUGGUGAAGUAAGCAACUCUGGAUCAUUCUCCAGACACGCUCAUCCAGAUGAUUGCCGUAAAUACUUCAUCUGUUUGGAAGGUGUUGCCCGUGAAUACGGUUGCCCAAUCGGUACUGUAUUUAAAAUCGGUGAUGCUGACGGUACUGGCAACUGUGAAGACCCAGAAGAUGUACCCGGAUGCGAGGACUACUACGGUGACUUGGACUUGAAGAGCAUCCGCAAGAGUGAAUUGUUGGCCGGACUCCAAUCCAGCGGUGCCACCAGGGCCGCUCCAGGCAAAAGCAAGCCCAGACCUGCUCCCGCAUCGCGGUCCGCCCCCGAAGCGGCCGGCAAUUAAGCCGUACCCGUCCCCCGAAUAAAACCCCCCGUUACCCACCCCUGAAACGCCUGAGGCGGAGCGUCACGCGGUUGACCGCUAUCCCCCGCUAUGUAUAAUUAUUUAAUUAAUUAGAUAGAUUUUAAUUUAGUGAAUUGUCUCGGGCCCAUAGUUCUUGAUCUGUUUGACACUCCGCCGUGUUAACUAAUAGUUUAAUUUAAAAGAAGGAAAUUAUGAAGAAUGCGAUAGUCUCAUCGAGAGACAUGUUUUUUUUUACACGGUACAAAUCAUUUUACUAUGAUUUUUAAUAAAUAAAAAGAUCUUUUUGUA